AUGGGAAAUUGCUGUGUGACACCUCAUGGUUCUUCUGAGAAGAAGAAACAGAAGAAUAAACCGAACCCUUUUUCCAUAGAUUACGGUGCGAAUAAUGGAUCUGGGGGUACAAACAAGCUUGUUGUGUUGAAAGAUCCGACAGGUCAUAAUAUUAAUGAAAGGUAUGAUCUUGGGCGCGAGCUUGGGAGAGGUGAAUUUGGGAUCACGUAUUUGUGUACUGAUGUGGGGUCUGGUGAGAAACUCGCCUGCAAAUCCAUAUCCAAGAAGAAGCUGAGGACUGCAGUGGAUAUUGAAGAUGUUAGGAGGGAGGUUGAGAUCAUGAAGCAUUUGCCUAAGCACCCAAAUAUCGUGAGCUUGAAGAACACUUACGAGGAUGAAAGUGACGUACAUAUUGUGAUGGAAUUGUGCGAAGGUGGUGAAUUAUUUGAUCGGAUAGUGGCGAGGGGACAUUAUACGGAAAGGGCUGCUGCAUUCAUUAUGAAGACCAUUGUUGAAGUUGUUCAGAUGUGCCACAGACAUGGAGUGAUGCAUCGUGAUCUCAAACCAGAGAAUUUUCUUUUUGCAAAUAAGAAAGAAACAGCUCCACUGAAAGCAAUUGAUUUUGGUCUGUCAAUCUUCUUUAAACCAGGUGAGCGCUUCAAUGAGAUUGUGGGAAGUCCUUACUAUAUGGCUCCAGAGGUUCUAAAACGCAACUACGGGCCAGAGGUUGAUGUGUGGAGUGCUGGAGUUAUCCUUUAUAUUCUGCUUUGUGGAGUUCCGCCCUUCUGGGCAGGUUUGUUUCAAUAG